AUGGCUCCGGUACGGUCGCGUUUGACGUUGAAAAAUAAAAUCGACAUAAUAAAAUGUUAUGAUGCAAAAAAACAAAGUAUUCAUGAAUUAGCGACUCAAUUUAAAGUUGGUAAAACUCAAAUUGGAACCAUACUCAAGUCCCGGGUAGAUCUAUUGUGUAAAUGGUGUGAUGAAAACGUGAAUGGAGAGACAAAAAAGAAUUUUAUUGAAGGUAAGGGCUUUGAAAUAGACCAUGUGUGUUAUGAAUGGUUCUGCCGCGUCCGUGCUAAAAAUUUGCCUAUCUCUGGUCCUCUCAUACAGCAAAAAGCUAUAGAAAUUGCUAAAACUUUGGGUAGAACUAAUUUUAAAGCGUCUAAUGGAUGGCUCAAAAAAUUUCGCAAACGUCACAAUAUUGCUUAUAAAGCUAUCUGUGGAGAAAGUAGUUCCGUUGACCAUGAUAUUGUGGACGACAAUUGCAAUACAAGAAAAAAAACAAACUAA